AUGCCGGAUCACCUCGAGCUCGCGCACAAAAUGAUAAAGCAAAGCAUCGAGGCGAGAGAGCGUGCUGCUCCCGAUCCAGCAAAAACCGCCCCUUCCUUCAAACAGAAGACACCAGACGAUGACACCCGUGGAUUGCCCGGGACGGGUGUGGAGCAAUCAUCCGACCCAGGAACGCGGUCCGUCAACGACGWGGCCCACUCCGAGCUGGAUACGGCUGCCCGCCAUGCUGAAAUCAAGCGCAACAUUCAAAUUACCUACUAUAUGAUGUUCAUYAAGGAACUACUCAGAAUGGAAGCAAGUCCAAGAGCACAACGGACAUGUAGGGACUACGAGGAUCCCUUUUGGCGCCGACACUUUGAGCCCAACGUCCGACUCCACAUUGAUGAUAAAACCGCCAUUGGAUUGGAAGAAUUCUGGGGUUUAUCCAACUGCAGCCUGUUCAAGUACCCAUCUCUCCGCUUCUCCACCCUGGAGCCUCGCUUCUCGGAACUGGACCCGGACGGCAUGURCGACGUGAUGAUACCUUAUAGGUAUGCGGGUGGGGCGGAUGACCUUACGCGAGCUGGUAUCGUUUCCGCCAAGUGGAAGUUUGUGAAUAAAGUAGUGUGGAAAUGCUCCGAGUUUACGAGUUUUACUGGACUCAACACCGAAUUGACUAAUCACUGGGAUGAAGAAAUUGUCAUCAAGGCGAAGAGUUUGCAGGGCCAGAUGUGGUAG